AUGAGGCUAUGGUUACUCUUGGGCGUUAUAAUUGGAUUGACAUACAGUCAAGUCAUUAACUUGGCCAUCAGAAGUAGGUAUACUGUUUUUGGUGGCUUUUUUUAGAAAUAUUGCUUUAAGGAUCUUGUUUCAGGAAGGUUAUUUUAGAAAUCUUGUUUUAUGUAGCUUAUUCUAACAAUAAGAAUAUAAUUUUAGGUGUAUUGUUUUAGGUAUCUAUAUUAUUAUAUUAGUUAAAAUUUUGAUUUUAAUCUGUUUAUUUAUCAUCAAUUUUCAAGGUAAAAUCAAUUUUUGAACCUUCUUUUUGUAUAUAAUGUUUUCAGAAUGGUACUAUGUGGUCCCCGUCAAGAUUGGUACUCCAAGUAAGGUUUUUUUUAUUUAAAUUAUCUUAAAAUUGUCAAAAGUUGAGUUGACAAUUUAAUGAAAUGCAAAUUCUUUAUUUAUAAUCUUAUGUCUAAUAACCUUUUUUAUAUUUCACUUUACUUUUACAUUACAGAUCAAACUUUAUACUUUGCACUUGAUGUAAGAACAAAAGACUUUUGGGCAUACGGUGGAUUAUGUUACGAGAUCAGCAGUAAAUGCACGAAAGGCACUUUACAGUACUUCAGAGGACAGUAAGUGCAAUAUGUGUCGUUUAAAACGUAUUUUAAUAUGUUUCAGUGGUCCAUAAUUUUAUGGAGUGGGCUUUCUCUUCCUUAUCUAUAACUGAUCUUUCUUUGUAUAAUAUCAUACAUUAUUACUGUAAAUUAGGCUUUUUAAUGUAAAAUAUUAUAACAUGAUCUCAAAUUUUAAAAAAUAUAUGUAUUUUCAGCUCAAGUUCAACCUACCAAGGGGGUGUAGGUACCCAAACUUUCAACUACACCGACUUUUACUACUCUGGCAAUGGCACAGUAACUGCAUCAACAGCAAAUGAUAAAGUAGUGAUAGACACGAUAGAUAUGGGCACGCUCAACUUCGGUCUGUCGAUGUCAGCCGACUACGCUUUCUACAAAACUUUAAAUGCCAGCGGGGUUUUGGGCUUUGGACUGGGGUCCAAUACUAGCUCCUCUUUGGACUGGACUACAGUAAUCGGUGGCAAUUCGUACACUUUGAGGACUAAUGAGUAAGAUAAGGCUUUGUUUUGCAGGUUUGAAUUGGGUAUGGAUAAUAUAAGUUUAUGUUAUAUUUUACACUAUGUAUAAAGCAUACUAAAAAAUAUUACGAUAUACCAUAUAAUGAUACUAUAAGAAAUUUUGCUACUGUAUAUAAGGUUUCUAAAAGAUAUGCAACAUUUUUAUUAUUUCAGUGCAAAUGAAACGGCUACGAUAACAAAUGGCACGGAUUCUACGUGUGCUUCACCCUACCAUUACAUAUCUUUAUCAUCUACAAAUUCUAGCUCCAAAUGGGUGAUACCUUUGACCGGGUAAAGUGGACUGUAAUGUUCAUAGUUUUUUCUGAAUUUACAGUAAUUGUAUAGUAUAUUUCAUUUAAAAACUUCAUCAAGGGCUAUUUUUUAGAUUUUUGUUUGGAAAUGUGACUGGUGGCACAUUAACUGGACAUACGGCCAGUUUUACCACCGUAAACAAGAACAUCGAGAUCCCAUUGGCACAGUACCAGCCAAUUCACGAUGAGAUUGUCAGAUUGUACUACGACUUCCAAUGGAGCCACAAUCUGGUCGAUUGUAGGAAGCGGGAUCAAUUACCAGAUCUGAACUUGACCUUCGGAGGCAGAAAUUAUACUGUAACACCGUAUCAGUAUAUCAGACAAACUGUAAGUUGGGAAGGGGAGAGGGAGCGGCUUUACUUACAGUAUUAGGUGAUUGCGAAAUUAUCCCGCCAAUUUUUCAAAAAUUUUUUUAAAAAUUCUGGACUGUUCUAGAACUUUCUGUUGUCAACAUAUAUAAAGAGAUGUCCAAGCACUAAAAAAUAUUGCAUGUUCAAGCUUUCUUUUGUUUACGGUGGUUCAAGAAAUCAAGGUAAAACAUGGUCAUGUUAGGGCAAUGUUGCUUCGCAACUUCCGUGAGAACGGCAACGCAACAAGAGCGACGAAGGAAAUAUGAUGUGCUGUAGGGCCUUCAGUUGUCUCUCACGACACCACAAAAAUUUGGUUCCACAAGUUCAAAAACGGUGACUUUGACAUGUCCGAAAAGCUCGACCUGGUAGACCAUCAGUGUUGAAGAAACCCCACCUUCUGAAGCUGAUCGAAGAAGACUCCAGACAUGUACUCAUUUGACUGUAGAGCUUCAGUGUGAUCCUUCUACCAUAUUAACUAGACUUCACGUCCUUGGAAGAUCAUGGAAAUAUGGUCAAGAGGUUCCACAUGAUUUGAACAGCGACCAGCUGAAACGCUAAGUGGAAGUUGUACUUAUCUGUUGAUGUUCUCAAGGACCUUUGCAUGGAUUGACAAUUUGGUUACUGGGGACGAGGAGUGGGUACUGUAUGUUAAUCACACCAAGAAGAAACAAUGGCUUGCACGUGGAGAACAGGGUGGAUCAACUCCAAAACCUGAUCUUCACCACUGGAGGAGGCGUUAGCUGGAACUCAACAAGUAUUGUGUACUAGGAAAUGGUACCACAUGGAACUACGAUUCCUGUAGUUGUCUACUGUAGACAAAUUAAACCUGUUGCGGCGGCAUUGCAUGGUGAACAGGAUAGAACCUUCUUCAUUCAUGAUACUGCUCGCGCCUAUGUGACAAAGUUGACCCACCACAAGCUGAAAAGCUUUGGCUGGGCUGUGAUGCUAUAUGCACUGUACUCAACUGAUGUUGUGCCUACAGAUUAUAAUAUGUUCCACUCUCUUCAGAACCAUCUGAAUGCAACACGCUUUGACAACCGAGACGACCUCAAGCGAUGGUGGACUAACUUUUUUAAUUCUAAAACUCCAGGUUUCUACAGAAAUUUAAUCCAAAUGCUGCCGAAGGGAUGGCAACAGGUUGUUGAUAAUAAUGAUACAUAUAUUUGUUAAUUAGUUGUUGUUGUUUUUUUAAAUAUUAAAUUUUGGUAAAAACAAAAAUUGGCGGGAUAAUUUCGCAAUCACCUAAUAUUUCUGGAACUUUUAAAUUUAUAAAUUUUCUAAUUUUAAAGUUUUGCAUAAAUUAGAAGGUCACAAGUAAUUAAAUAUGCAAAUUUGUAGCCCACAAACUACUGUAUCCUCCGUUUGGUACCCAAUUACCAGUCGAACGAAUGGGUAUUGGGCUAUCCAUUCCAUCAAAGACAUUGUGAAGAGUACGAUGCUGGUAACGACAGAAUCGGUCUAUCUACUCCGUCAUAG